AUGGCCUCUAGCGAUAUCAACAAGGACGCUCCAUCAUCUGGUGUAGCGGAAGAGCGCAUCGCAGCUGAGAGUCAAGAUGGCACGCCAUUGGGUCUCCCGGCACCACCGAGCGAAGGCGAAGCGAUUCAACUCGACAUGUCUAGCGGAGGAGACACUGUGAAGCUCGACUCUCUUGGACCGAUGGUUGUCAACACAGACGGGACAAUAUCGAGGAUCGGCAACUGGGAUCAGAUGACCGAGAUGGAAAAGAAGAAUACAUUGCGGAUCGUAGGGAAAAGGAACAAGCAACGAAUGGACAAACUCAAGGCGGCUGAAGAUGGCGUGGUGGAUGACAAGUGA